CGACGGUACUGGCUCAACGACGACAAGCCAGCUCCAUUAUGAUCAUAACACAACAGCCGCCCCAGUCACAGCAGCAGCCUCCCCAAGUCCCCAACAAUAACAGCUGUCAGCUUAUCCAUGGUCUGCACAACGUUUACUCUUACUCCUCCCUCCCCUCCCAUUUUUCCCAAGCCUGGCGAUGCGGCACCAAGUUCACCAUUUCCUCACUAUGCCCCAUCAUUCCAUCGCUACGCCCCACCAUUGCCAUACACUUUCUGCCUCAGCAACUGCUUCAGGAGAGCUGUAUCUUUAUCUCUUUGGACGCGACUCUUGUUCAGACGGGUGUAGAAAUACCCUCGCCAAGAGUGGGCCAUGCUAGUACAUUCGUUAGCAGCGCUCUGAUCGUAUGGGGAGAGACCCUUGGUUUUUACUGACACCUGAUCGCACUUCCAUCUUCACCUCGACUGAGACGUCUCCUACUUAAGUAAGCAAUGCGCGCGCCCCAAAGAUUGGUGCAUCCGCUCUGUCUCACUGAGUUGCAAAAUUUUGUAGUGACACUGACCACUGCCCCUCAGUGACCGUUGUUGAGCAAGAUUCGUGACCAACGCUGGUUUGACGCCAUC